UAUAAAGAAAACCCUAAUCCUUAAUUCACACAGUGGAAUUGGCCUUCAUAAGCGUAAAACCCUAGCAGCCGCCGUCCGAUCAGCGAUUCAAAAAUAGAAUGAAGGUUGUAGCAGCGUACCUAUUGGCGGUUUUGGGCGGCAACACCUCCCCCUCAGCCAACGAUGUAAAAGAAAUCCUCGGCUCAGUUGGGGCUGAGGCUGAUAAAGACAGGAUUGAGUUGUUGCUAACCCAAGUUAAGGGCAAAGAUAUUACCGAGCUAAUUGCUGCCGGAAGGGAGAAAUUGGCUUCAGUACCGGCUGGUGGUGGUGCAGUGGCGGCUGCUGCGCCAAGUGGUGGUGCAGGUGGCGGCAGCGCUGCUCCUGCUGCUGCCGAGUCGAAGAAAGAGGAGAAAGUAGAGGAGAAAGAAGAGUCUGAUGAUGAUAUGGGUUUCAGUUUGUUCGACUAAACAUUUGCAGAUGUGGAUCGACCAUCAUCGUAACCUCGUAAGUUUUUCAUUUUUUCUUUUGACGGAGAUAUGGAUACGCUUUUGUUUAUUGGGAAAUUUUUGGAAGAUGAUGAUCUAUUUUGGAGGGUGUUUUGCUAUCUUUGAAUGGUUUCAAGAAAUUUAUUCCCUUUCAAAUA